AUGGCAUCCCCAAGAAAUCUCUUAGCAUAUUCUGCAAAAAUUCUCUUCUUCUUCCUUAUCUUUUCCUCCUCAUCAUUACAUGCAACUCUAGAUCUGAUACCUCUAGGAUCUCAAUUAACAAAAAUCAAGGAACGUGCAUGCCAUGCAACAGAUAGUUACAGGUUCUGCAUGAAGAGGCUGAACCGUAAUCCUGAAACCAGCUCGGCCUCGACUGUCUUGUCUCUCGAAAAGGCUAUUCUCCAAAUGGGUGAGGCCAAGGCUGUUAAAAUUCAAAACUCCAUUAACGAGAUGCACGAGGAUCCCACGUUGGUUGCAGUAAAGCAGGCUCUUGACGUGUGUUCAGCUUCGUAUCAGAGUAUUGUUGAGACAUUUGAAAAGGUGGCGGAAUUGGAGCUGGAAGAGGAUUUGUUGUCUGCAAAUUAUGAUAUAAUGGUGUUGUUUGAUGAGAUUGGGUACUGUGAAGAUGCAUUGGCGAAAGCAACUGCUCGUCUUCCGUCUAUGGCCAUUGCAAAUAGAGCCAUGAAGCAUUUUAUUUCCAUGGCAGCUGCUGCAACAAAUGGUUUGCAGUAG